AUGGGUGGGUACGGCACCUGGGCGCUGGGCGCGGCCUACCCGGAGGCGUUCGCGGCGUUGGCGCCGGUGUGUGGCGGUGCGGCGACUGACCCACGGGUCUCUUCCCUUGCGGCGCUACGUGACAUGCCCAUCUGGAACUUCCACGGCGAGCGAGACAAGGUCAUCCCGAUUUCCGCCAGCGAGGAGGUGUUCCGAGCGCUGGAGGAGGCUGGUGCGGGCCGCGCCGGGUCCGCCAGCGGGUCCGUCCACCGCUUCACGCGCUACAAGGACCUGCAGCAUGACUGCUGGACCCGGGCAUACAACACGGCUGAGCUGUGGAGGUGGAUGCGGGGUAGCCUCAGUCUAGCGCACCCAGCAGUCGCGGCAUUGAUCGCGGUGCGUGACGCCAACAUGAACAAGUCCGCUGCCUGGAGGCGCACGCUGUCGCACUGGACCUGCCCCACGAAUCCCGCUGACUCCGACCAGCCGUGUGACCCGUGCUCCAAAGAUUGGAGCGGGAACUGGGAGUUCAUUCACUGCCGAGGUGCCCAAGGACCGUACGGCGAGGGCUCUGUGGGAAAGUACGACGGCAUGGUCACCAAUGUGCACAUCACCGACCAGAAACUGGACGGACUGCCGCCCCGCGAGCUGUGCGGUCUCAGCCACCUUCGAGAGCUGGAUUUGGACGGCUCAUACUUCAGCGGGCCCUUUCCCGCCUGGACACUCAAGUGCUUCAGUAUGCUGCAGGAGCUCGAUCUAUCGCACAAUAGGCUUACGGGCCCGCUUCCGGCGGAUGUCAGCCGCCUGCCAACGCUGCAAGAAUUCAAGUUUGUGGGGAGCAUCCCAUCCUCCUUCGGAGACCUGCCCAAGCUUCGCGUGCUCCGUUUGGAAGGCAACCGCCUGUCCGGCACCAUCCCCAGCUCGCUCAGCAAGCUGUCGGGAGUGCUCAACGGAUUGGAGCUAGCCAACAACAACUUCCAGGGGGACUUGUCGGCACUGGCGAGUGUAAGGCCCAUGUACGUGAGCAUUCACAACAACCCGGGUCUGUGCGGCAUGGUACCUGCCGGCAUUCGUUUUGCUCACGGCUACAAUCCAAGCAACACACGCCUCGGGUUCCCCUGCUGA